AUGGGCAAGCAGAUCAAAGAGCAACACGCAUCGAUCAAAAUCAUGUUCGAUGCGUGGAAGAAGUCAGAAACCUUGAACAAGAACGUUGAGGCAGAGCUUCGCGUGGUCACCGCUGAGCUGGAAGCAGUCAAGAGCGAUCAACAGUCUGUCAAAGGAGAGCUACAAGCGAUGAAAGAACGCGUGGAGGACGAAAGCGCCAAGACGAACGAAAGCCUCGUAGCAAUCGCGGUAGUGGCUGCGAUGCGGAACAGCCCAAGUGCGUCAUACGCGGACGUCGCGCGAAGCGGCGUAGGCGGGCAAGGUCGCGACUCGCGGGUAGCUACGCCGGGCAACGCAACUCUGGCGAGCCGCAGCGACCCUCUAUUCUGUACGAUCGACACAGCAAGAGUCGAAGAAGGCAUCGACAAGCCCAACGCAGGUCGGGUUCGGGCUGCGGUGGAGAAGGAGAUGCGCGCGAUGGACGGACAGGGUAGCUGGCGCUGUCGGGCCAUCACAGUAGACUCAAGGAAUGCGGAUAGGAUCCGGAUCAUUUGUCGCGACGAUGCUGAACAUAGGCUUGUCAAGCAGAUCGCGGAGAAGAGCUUCGGUCCCGGCACACGAGUUCUACAGGACGAACUCUACCGCGUGAAGAUCGAUAACGUGAAGAGAACCGAGAUACUGGACGAGAAGGGUAAUGUCAGGGCUGAAGCGGCAGAGGCACUUAGCCGAGAAAACGAGACCAACGUUGCCAAGAUAUCUUGGCUGAGCAAGAAAGACAGGCCCAAGGCGUAUGGGUCCAUGGUCGUGUUCGUGACCAAGGCCAGUGAUGCGCGUAGACUGAUCUCCGAGAGCUUCUUCCACGUUGGAGGACAGUCCGGCACGACGAUGGCAUUUGAGCGGCGGCCACGUCCUCAACAGUGCUAUAACUGCCAGCAGAUCACCAGGCACAAGGCGUACCAGUGCGUGAACCCCCAGGCUGAGGUCCACGAGAGUUUGAUGAAUGACGAGGCGCUGCGCGACUUCACGGCCUUAGCGGUGCAGGAACCAUGGGCGCGGAGGACAGAAGGUAAGGUCGUUACUGUUCCGAUGGGACAUAGCAGGUGGACGAGGAUGGUUCCGACGGAGUGGAGGGACGAAGUAAGAUGGGGGAUCAGAAGUUUGCUGUGGGUGAACAGAGACAUAGAGGCAGAGCAGCUGCCCAUAGCAUCGCCGGACAUCACGGCGGCCGUCGUCCGGCUUCCGGACCGAAGACUGCUGGUGGCGUCGGUGUACGUGCCGGUGCAGAAGCCGGAGAUGCUGCGGCAGGCGUGUGACUUGCUGAGGCAAGCCAUCACGAACGUUCGAGGAGGAACAGGCGAAAGGGUAGACGUCGUCCUAGUAGGAGACUUCAAUCGCCACGACUAUCUGUCGGGAGGGGAUGAUGUGUCGGAGGACAGGCAAGGCGAGGCGGACCCGAUCAUCGAUCUGAUGAGAGAUAGCAAGAACGGUGGUACGAUGCGCCCUGCACGAGACAGACCACGGGUCGGACCACCGGGCGAUCGAGACGACCUUCGACAUUGCCGCGCCUGA